AUGUUGGUUUAUGGAAAGGCUUGUCACUUGCCCCUUGAGCUUGAGCACAAGGCAUAUUGGGCAAUCAAGAAGCUCAACUUCGCUAUGGAUCUAGCUGGGGAAAAACAGAUAUUGCAACUGAAUGAACUCAAAGAGUUGAAGCUCUUUCCUAGGAAGUUCAAGUCUAGAUGGUUUGGUCCAUUUGAAGUAGUGCGGGCUACAAAGCAUGGAGUUGCUGAGCUACGUGAUCCCGAAAACGAUGGCACAUUUUUAGUCAAUGGGCAGAGAGUUAAACACUAUUGGGGUGGUGGCAUUCGUCAUCAAAAAACUUCGAUAGACUUGGUGGAUGCUUGA